AUGAGGUACCGAGUUACGGUGACCGUAUCAUCGGCCAUUCAGCAUGUUCAUGAUGUUCAAGCAGUUGAAAUCAAUCACAUUAAUGAAAACGGUGUACUAUCUUCUUGUCUUGUAUGGCCUAAAGGUUAUUCGGUACAGCCAUGCCCAAGCCUGAAUUGGAACCACACCUUUCUUGCCAAAGCGUACUAUAUCGUUCAAGAGCAGCUCAGAUACACAGACCAGGUGAACGACAUAUGUGGUCCUUUGGGAACUGAGCUACUUGUCAUUGACUCCCUCGAAGAAAAUGACUUCAUCGUUGAGAAGCUGAAGGCCUAUGAACCCAGUGGCGAGUCCAAGGUCUUCCUAGGGUGUCCUGGACAUCAGCCAACGCCGCCGAGAAACUUCAGUUGCAGGGGGAGUGAUGCUACGUACCAAGAGUCGACCUCAGCAAGCAUGGGAUUCUGGAACUGGCGAGGCGGGAAACCAGAGGCAGUCCCCGGCAAGUGUAUUCGUUUGAACACAGAAGAUGAUGGCGCUUGGGUUGUGUCAGGCUGUGGUCCUUUAUCAAACUUUGUUAUCUGUCAGUGUCAACGAGGCAUACCAUCGGGCACUCUGGUGUCAACCCGAUUCAAUCAAAUCACUUUUGGAAGCAAAAACUGUCUCCAAGGAGACAGGAUAAUGAGAGUGGUGUCCGUUCACAGCUUCAUUGAAUGUGUAAUGGAAUGUCAGUCUGAUGUGAGUUGCUCCUCGUUCAACCUGAUUGGCCAAAAUGGGAUAACCACGCAUUUAUGUCAACUUAGCGUGUAUCACUCAAGUAUUGUGGACCUGGCGAAUUUCAUUGUCGACGAAACCUGCAAAUAUUAUGAAUUAAUGCGCUAAAUUUAGUCUUUAACAUACAUAGAGGAAAGCUAGAAUUUUCUGUCUAUGGUUUGCAUAGGACUCGUGUAUGUAAACGGAUCUUGUGCAUAAAUGUCUCUUUUUCAUCUGUCAUAAACAUGUACCCCCCCAAAAAAAAAAAAAUUAACUUCACGUAGUAACGCAAGUCUUAUUUCAGUAUUGAAUGUUUGAACUAUAUUCCGCUGAUAGAUUGACAGAUGAAGUGGUAUAUUUGAUAUGUGUGUAGGUGCAGUACAGCAUCCCUAAACAUGAGAGACAAAUUAAGGGUAGUUAUUUGUGGAGUGUGAAAACAUUGCGACAAAAUGUGACUUGGUUUUUAGUUUGGAGUUGAUCUGUUGUCUACUCUACGGGCAACGACCAUGCCGCCUGUGUUCUGUCAAUUUUUUUUUUUUUUUGGGGGGGGUGUUAGAUUGCCCCCACGGGUAACUACUUCCCCAUUUCAUGUACAUUUAAAAUUAUCCAUUUUGUUUAGUUCAUGUUAGUAAAUAUCAUUUUGUUAUUGUCACUUUAACGACAAGCGCUUUCUUUGGAGUAUGAGAUAAAAUUUAUAUUUAUGUAUAUUUUUUUACAUUUUUUUUCUAUUUUUUUAGGGGCGGCAAUCACCUACGUUUUUUGCCCUUCACCAAUAAUAGAAUCGAUGAUACGC